CACCCCCGUAAAGGGACGGGGAGUUUCAUGCGCCUUCCACCGUAUUCAGUUCCCGGGGAUUCAUUUUAACUUAACAGUCCCCAUUUUUUUUUGUCCCCGAAGCCAGUAAAAAAUUAAAACUUUUUUUUUUGUUAACACUAUUAAUUCUUUUCAGGGAAGUCAGGAUUUGUGACGGUUUCGCCUCCCUCUUUUACUCACCUGCGCGUCUAAAGCCAUGUUACUACCAUCAUCCCUGCUGCUCCUCCUUGGCCUCCUUACCUGGGGUCCCAGUGCAACAAGGGCUGCUAAAGUGAUUGUGGUCCCGCCUAUCAUGUUUGAAUCACACCUCUACAUCUUCAAGACGCUGGCAACAGCUCUACGCCAAGAGGGCCAUGAGACCCAUUUUCUAGUUUCAGAGGGCCGCGAGGUGCCGCAAUCUCCUCACUACCAUUUGCAGCGCUACCCAGGGAUCUUUAACAGCAGCACGGCGGACAAUUUCCUCCAGACCAAAGUCAGCAACAUCUUCUCAGGCCGCUUGACAUUCCUGGAACUGUUUGACAUUCUUGACCACUACUCUCAGAACUGUGAUGCUGUUGUAGGCAGCGUUGAAGUAAUGAACCGCCUGAAAGAAGCCAAAUUUGACCUGCUGCUCGUGGACCCCAACGAAAUGUGUGGUUUUGUGAUCGCUCACAUCCUGGGUGUCAAAUAUGCUGUAUUCAGCACAGGCCUCUGGUAUCCUGCAGAAGUUGGAGCCCCGGCUCCACUAUCGUACGUGCCGGAGUUCAACUCAUUGCUGACCGAUCGAAUGUCCUUAACGCAGAGGAUCACGAACACCGUCGUUUACCUGGUGCAACGCUUCGGAGUCCAUUACAUUGCGUUACCCAAAUAUGACCGGAUAAUGAAGAAACACGGAGUAAAGCCUCAAGUGGCCAUGGCCGACCUGGUGCAGGGGAGCCGGCUGUGGAUGCUGUGUACUGACAUGGCGCUGGAGUUUCCCAGACCCACCCUGCCACAUGUGGUCUACAUAGGGGGAAUCCUCACAAAGCCCCCCAGCCCACUACCACAGGAUUUUGAGGCUUGGGUGAAUGAUACGGCAGAGCAUGGCUUUGUCAUUGUGUCCUUUGGAGCUGGAGUCAAGUACCUUUCCCAUGACAUUGCUCAGAAACUGGCCGGAGCCUUUGCCAGGCUGCCCCAGCGUGUCAUCUGGAGAUUUUCUGGUGUUCCACCCAGUAAUCUUGGCAACAACACCAAGCUUGUCGACUGGAUGCCCCAGAAUGACUUAUUGGGCCACGCCAACACAAAGGCCUUCCUGAGUCACGGGGGACUGAAUAGCAUCUACGAGGCCAUGUAUCACGGCGUGCCAGUGGUGGGGGUGCCCCUCUUUGGAGACCACUAUGAUACUAUGACUCGUGUGGCAGCCAAAGGUAUGGGUAUUAUGCUCCACUGGAAGUAUAUGACAGAAGAAGAUCUCUUCGUUGCACUGACCAGCGUCAUCAAAGACACCAGGUAUCGCCGCCAGGCGCAGCUUCUCUCCAACAUUCACAAAGAUCAGCCGGGUCACCCCGUGACGAGGGCCGUUUACUGGAUCAGCUACAUCCUCCGUCAUAACGGCGCCGACCACUUGCGCUCGGCGGUGUACGAGGUCUCCCCCUACCAGUACUUCCUGGUGGAUGUGGUCGCCGCCGUAGCGGCCGCCUUGGCCCUCGCGGGCUUUGCCGUGCGUAAGGCAGUGCGGCUGCUGAGGGGGGAGGCUGGCCAGCGCGGGAGAGGAAGCGCCCCCAGGGAUGACGGCAGCCUGACCAACGGACACUGCCAUAGCGAAAGCAUUCCCAACGGGAAGCACAAACGCAACGGCUCCUUGAAAACCGAGAAGAAGAUGAAUUAAACCCCUUGAAAUGGCCCACAGGUGUGAGGAAGAAGUUGCCCAAAGGACUCGGCUCUAGGUUUGAUUGUGAUGGUUGUCAGGAAAGCUUGUGAGAAAAAAGCCGCUCUUAGGUCUGCGUCGUGAGGCAACUGCUACUCAGAGCUGAAGCAGAAAGUCAAAAAGGCAUCGCGUGGGGACAAAAGUAAAGCAUCAGGUGCUCCAAAUCUGUGUGUGUAUGUGUGUUGGUGAAUGUUUGUGUGCAAUGAGGCAAAUUUAACAGUAAAAGAAAACUCUUUAACAAAGGCAGUUACAGCAAUACCGCAUGACACUGGGAAGUCUUGGAGGAUGAAACAGGAAAGACACGUCGGAGCAUCUUCUGUCGUUAGCGUUCUCUGUUGUCUUCCUGUCUUCCUGACCAAUGGACGGAUGACGGAGAGAGGGAAUCGUGAGCACCAGCCUCUCCUUCUCGGGAACAACACAAGAAAACAAAUAGCUUUGCAAAUAUUUAGAAAUUCAAUGUUUUUAACCGCAAAACUCCACGAAAUGAACUGUAAAUAGAAGACAAGUCUAUUUAUUACUGUACAAAUUGAAUUGAAUGAUGGACCUUUUAACCUCGUCUCGUUCUUAAUUUAUUUCAUAUGUCGGUGGUUUGACGGGUGGUUUGUUGACGCACACUCCCUACUCUUUGCUCACAUAUGCCCAACUCUGUUCUUCAUGUUAGUGACACAAAACAAACAGUGAAUGGCUGCCGCAGACAUUGUUAGCAUGCUCCAGGUCUAUGACAGGUGUUCAGGAAGAGCUCAGCGUUUUCACUCAGGGCCACCAUCUUGCGAUUUGUGGUCUCCAUUAGCCCCUUUCGGUUUGGAAAAGAAUCAACAAUGUUUGGCAGGAUUGUCCGCAAGGCUGAUCAUAUUGAUAAAAGAAUAUGGCGUAAUGUUAACCAGUGAGGAUGCUAUGGAUAGGCAAUAGCCCAGCCAGAUGGACAGCGUGCUCCGGCCCUAAAGCCAGGUGAUCCGGAACAAGUCAUGACAAUUUUCUUAUUUAUGACUGUUGUCCCAUGUCUCAGUUUUGCACAUCCCUCGGCUAUUUAUCACAGUAGAAGAGAUCCAUCUCUUGAUUGCCAUUUUCCCUGCAGCAUCAUGUGCAUCGUUCGUCUUUGAUUCAACUGUUUUGUAAUGUACUGUAUUAGUUCUAAUACAUGUUGCAAAUGCUAGAUUCAAAUGAUGCCCUUCAGGUAGUAAAUUAUGCCCACUCGGUGCUUCACCUCUGUAACCCGCUUCGACUCUGCCGUGUAGGUCCAUGUAGAAACCUUCAGACCUCUUGUAAUUGACGCUAAAUUAGAAAGAUUCACGUUCUCUAUGUGGUCUUUUAUUAUGCAACAAAUGUGUUUGCAGUUUGCUUGGCUACAGGUGUCUGUGUGCUUGUUGUUGUUGUUUUUUAGUCCAACCAUGCGUAUGGGUGAAGAGAAAAAACGAGAAAUGCUAUAGCCCUUAAACAUCUGUGUCAGAAUUACUCAAUAGCUGUCUGAAAUUAUGUCUCGAAAACAUAACAAUUUGUUUGUUUUUUUUAAGUUGGAAGGAGUUGCCCCCAGUUGUGUAUUUUUUGUUCUCCUUAUUUUAAAGUUAUUUUAAGUCCACUGUUCAGCUGCCACGUCUGUUCAUAUUAAAUACAGGUUUUGAUUAGUUUUAAUGAUAGAAGAGAAUACCAAUGGACCAUUUUACUGUUAAUUAGAAUUUAGUAAGAUAAAGUUAGAUGGUCUUCAUAGUUUGUGGAGACUGAGUACCCUGCAGAUAGUUUUUGAAAGGCAGGUGCUUUUGGACAUAGUAAUGUCAUGAAAGCGACACCUCCAAUUGGAUGAUUUGUUUGACCACUCCGCCACUCAUUUUUUUUAAUGCUUUCCAUCAAUAUGUUGCAACACAUGAUUUCUACUAUUUUACGGACCUUGGCAAAGUUAUUGUUUAGCUGCUAAUCAUAGCUUCACUCACAGGACAACACAGUGAUGUAGACACUCUUAACCAGUGAUGGGCUGAGAGAUUAACAUCCUGCAGGCAUGUUCACAAAUCCUUCUUAAUUGAAAAAAAAAUCUCAUUAUCUUUCUUUCUCUGUGAGCUACAAUUACAUUUGUGCAGCACAACCAAGCCUUGCUGAAAAAGAGACUGUUAUACUUUACUUGACGUCCUUAUCAGCAAAAGCAGCGUCAGCUGUUGGGCGUGGUUAUUGAUUGGAGGGUGCUACCAAAGCUAUGAACAGGGUCUGAAGCGUAAAAAUAAAUGUGAUGAAAUAUCUUCUCAUUGUUUUUCAGUAUUAACAUUACGUCACACUUAAGUAAAAGCCGUCCAAUGUUGUCUCUCUAAUGUUUUCUGUACAUAUUUUGCAGUCUUGAUUUGACUCUCGUCUUUUCCUACGUCAUCGACUCAAAAACUGUCAUCGGUGCACUUGCUUAUUCCUAUGUUUUCACGUCUAUGUUGCAGUCUCCCUAAUCUUCAUCCUGUUUCGCUUUGUGUAGAUUUAUUUGACUCAUUUUGGAAAUUAUACCAAGUCCUCACUUUUUUUCUCCUGUGUGUCCAUGUUGUAAAUACAAUGUAAACAAAAUGCUAAUGCUGAAUAAAACGCAUAUUUUGUUUGCACAGGUGAUUGAAACUUUUUUCAUAUGCGUUGCUUUUGUACGUGCCAACAUUUUAGCAACUGUAAAACUUU